AUGCAUGAUGUUAUUUCCGGAUCAUCCGAUAACAAGGAAGAAAACCACACUUUAAUCCCCACCCAGUCCCCGCACACCACCAUCAUCUCGCUCUUCGACAGCAAAAACACAGCCACAGCCACAGCCCCAGUUUGCGCCAAACUGCUGCCUGAUUUCCAGAAAUCGAAGCUGUCAAUGCUCUUAUACAUACACGGCUUCGGCACUUAUGCAAGUCCAUAG